AAGUUAUUACAUCCUAUGGUUAUGAAUGUCUGAGAUGUUGUUGUAUGAUAGUUUUUAGAAGGUUUUGGCCUAAAACUUAUUUUUUUCAAAUAACAUUCAUGGUGUAGGGAUGCAUUCAGAUAGAAUAGUCCUCAUAGAAAACUUAAUUUCAGAUUUAUCAUCAUCAGCAUGGUGCCUAAAAACUUGUGUAGGCACAUGUAGGUUCGCUGGUGGUUUUGGAUAAUAGAGUCAGAGUUGUUCACAGAGGUGGUGAUGGGAACCGGACGUCUGAAGAAUUUAGUGAGCUCCUUCACAUAGAGUUAAAAAAUGUAAUGAUUAUUAAUAAGCUGCCUGACAUCUGAGGCAUUGUUUUACCAUAUUUUAAAGCGUAUUUUUACACAAUUUUAAAACCCCUUCAUGGUGGAGGGGUACAUGCAGGACGUUGUGAGGCAAAAUUUCCCCAAAAGAAUUCUUUUUCCCCAUAUUUCACUGGUGAGACAUCCCGAUCCCUGGUUCCCAUCACCACCGCUGUAAAGAAAUCUGAGUGUUCUCUAAAAUGAACCAUUUCACACCAAACCACACUGAAUUAAUAUUUUUACAUCUCAACCACUGAAGACAUGUAGAUGUUUUGAAUAAAUAAAUUGGUUUAAUUGCCCUUUAAAUAUACUUUAAUACUACAUAAAGUGAUUGAAAAAUGUAGUGUGUUAAAUUAUAGCACUGACAUAAUAGUGGGUUCAGUGCUGUGCCCUGAAAUCUAAGUUGAGUUGAUCACUGUAAGACGUUCCUACAGCCCAUGUUGUCUAGUGAGCAUUAGUGAUUACACAAAGUCUCCUUUGAGCUGUUUAUGGUGGCCUUUGCUGGCUACACUGUGUUUACACGUGACCACUAUGACACAGUGUUAUAAUUUACAGAUCAUUCUUUAAUUAUUAUUAAUCGGAAGAAAGUGUCUGUGAAAGGUCAAUAAAGGUCAUGAACUGUUCUUAAAUUCUUAAUGUGGUUGAUUACAGCUUGUGUAUGUAUGUGUGUGUGUUAUAAGGUGCGAUGCAGUCAGGUAAACAGCUGAUGUCGAGGUGUUAUGUCAGUGGAUUAGCAGAACAGAGUGUUAUCAGCGUAAGCAGGCGUGUCUGCUAGUCUUAAGACCUCCACGCCAACAGCAACAUCGCUCAGCCCUAAGACCACACAGGCCAGUGACCGUGAGAAUGGCUUGCCUGGAUGAAAUGCCGUUCAAAAUCCCUCUAGGCUCCUUAGCAGAGGUCAAAGAGGAGGUGGAACUGGUCAUGGCUCCAGAAAUCAUCCUGCCAGACUACCUGAAGAUCCUGCAAGAGACCGAGUAUGUGUUUAGCUUGGAGAACUGGGUUCUGACAGGCCUGCAGGGGGGGUACAGCAGUGCACCCCAUCCCAAUUCACCAUCUGGGAUGUCCCCAUCCUGUCCUCCGUAUUGGAUGAUGUUCAGCAGUCCUCAAGAGAGCAGGCUAGCUAGCCGCUGGAGCAGCGACUUCUGGGAGCCAAACCCUCGGCCCCGCAGCCGGAGCCUGAACGCGGCUCACUACCGCGCUAUGAAAGGUCGGGUGAAAUUCACCGUUUCUGACUCCAACGAUGACAACUAUUGUGAAAGCGAGGAGGCCUCUUUCCCAGGGAACGAAGGAUCAAAAUGCAGCACUUCUUCAGGCUCACCUAGACGAGGGCCAGGCGUAAAAGACCUGCGCUCUCGCUGCUCCUCGAAUUUCCUCACCCUGCCUUCAACCUGUGGCCUCUCCGCUCAACGGCAGGUCAACUUCCAACUGACCUCGCUUUCAGACUCAAAACCUACAGGAAGUAACUUCAGAAGAAGCCAAAGCACAGAUCUUAGUGGCUCACAUCAGCACUUAGUCAGGCAGUUGGGACACCCCUCCUCAAACACCACACGGUUUUCAGACCUGCCCCUGGCCCCCUUGCAGCCGCUGGGUUCCCACGCUGCCUCCCAGGACUCCUCAGUGGAGCUGCUUUCAGCUCUCAGCCCUGAAGAGCAGCAGCUGCUAGAGGCUGUGACAGAGCGCGGCUACCCACUGCGCACGGCCAUCAUCGCCCUGCAGAAGACCGGCCAGCACAGUCUAGAGCAGAUCCUGAGUUACCUGGUGGCAUGCGAUCGGCUAUGUGAACUUGGCUAUGAUGAAGCUCAGGUGGAGGAAGCUCUGGAGAUGUUUCAGAACUGUGAGACAAAGGCCGAGGAGUUUCUUCACCUGCUCACACAGUUUCAUGAGAUGGGCUUCCAGCAGAACGCUAUCAAAGAGGUGCUGCUUGUCCAUGAGAACCACCGUGAGCGAGCCUUGGAAGAGCUCAUGACACGUGUAGCCUGACCAGAUCAAUCUAGCCAUGUGUACAUACUUGUUGGCUUUGCUUAGGAUUACAAUCAUCAGUAUGAACUGUGGCCUUGAUGGGAAAGCAAAGCUUUUUAUGUCCCUGUUGAAAGAUUUAAUGAAAAGAGCAGUGAAGCUUGUGGACACUUACAGAGAAUGUGUGCUUUUUCGUAAUUCCCUUAUACAAUACCAUGAUCAUUCUAGUGGAUAUCAAACGUCUAAACACCCUUUUUGAAAAUUGCAAGUUUUUGUGAUAAAUCAUAUCACUUAUUUUUCCAUAUUUAAAUAGAUCUUAUAAUUGUCAAAAUGCAAGAGAAAAUAAAUAGAAAAUUAUUCAGAAAAAUAACUGAAAUUGUAAAAACCUACAGUACACUGGUUACAUAAGUGUGCAAAUCCCCGCAGCUAAGACUUUUUUGAAGCACCUUUUACAUUUAUUACAGCAGUAAUCUUUAAAAGCCUUUAUAAAUCUUUCACACCUGGACUUUUAUCCCACUCUUUCUUGCAAAAAAAUCAAGCUCCUUCAAAUGGCCAGGUGAUCUUCUGUGCACAGUCCAGUUUAUGUAAUUUCACAGGUUUUCUGAGGGACAUUCUAAGGCACUAAUCUUCCCUUUUGAUACCAUUGCUUGGUGAAUGUGGAAGUGGGGUUCGAAUGAUUGUCAUCAAGGAAGAAUGGAAAUUCCUCUGGUCCAGCAGGUUUUGUCAAAUAUUUUGUUAUUGGAGCUAGUAAUUAUCCCAUCCAUCUAUCUUGACUAGUACUGUAGAGAAGCAGCUGCAAAACAUGAUGCUCCCACCACCAUGCUUCACAGUAGGUAUAGUGUUCUUUAGUUGAAGAGCUGUGUGGUCAUUGUGUGAUCUUACUGGAUUCUGCCCGAAACGUUUGAAGAUUUUUCUGACCUUGGAAACACUUUUUCCACAUUUUGAUGAGAGUCUUCACAGAGCUCUGUGGUGCAUCCAUCUGUCUCUGAACACAGCUGCAGGCCCCCAUUAUAAAAGGGUGUGAAGAUUUAUGCAACCAGGGUGUUGCACUUUCAUUUUUCUCUGGAAAUUUGCUGUUGGUUGCAGUAUUCCAUUGCAGAUUACAUAUGAAAAAACAUUUGGCCUGAUUUAUCUCCUAGCUUUACAACACAAAACCCUGCAAUUUCAGUAAAAGUGUGUAGACUUUUUAUAUCCACUGUAAAAACCUUUACUACUGACAUUUUAUUAUACAGCGUAAAUUGUUAACUUAUGUCUUAGAAAUGCGUUUCAUCUGUUUACACGACUGAACCCUUCUAAUUGUACGUUUUUAUUAUAUAAUGUAUAAUAUGCUAAUUUAUGAAUGUAUAGAGUGUGUUACUUGAUUUUACUCCAUGCAACGUGAGGGUAUGUAUGCUCUUAAAAGUGCACUGUCCGCAUCCCUGAAGAAAUGUCCUCAAAUAACCCCUCUAAUCACUCACUUCUUAAGAUUGAGGAUAACAAUUAACUAAUGGGCUGUUUUCCAAGGAAUACUUGGCUGAUAAUGGAAGAUUAAAGUAAGUCUAAACAAUG